AUGACACAACAGACAGUACCUUGGGUGGAGAAAUACCGCCCGAUGUCGAUGGAAGACAUUGUUGGAAAUGCUGAUGCCGUUGCACGGUUGCAAGUUAUCGCGCGCGAGGGGAACCUUCCAAAUCUAUUGCUCUGUGGGCCGCCGGGCACAGGCAAGACCACAAGUAUGCUAUGCCUCGCUCGAAGCCUCCUCAGUGAUCCGGAUGGUGGUGGCUCAAACAACAACGCACUAAAGGAUGCCGUGUUGGAGCUUAAUGCCAGCGAUGAUCGGGGCCUUGACGUGGUGCGGGAGAAAAUCAAACUUUUCGCGCAGACGAAGAAAACCCUCCCGCAGAGAGUGGGUGACUCGAACAACCGGAAAAUCAAUCUGCACAAAAUUGUAAUUCUUGACGAGGCAGACAGCAUGACACCCGCUGCUCAACAGGCCCUGCGCCGCACCAUUGAGCUUCACUCCAGUACGACGCGGUUUGCGUUUGCGUGUAAUAACAGCCAUAAAAUUAUAGAACCAAUUCAAUCACGCUGUGCCGUGGUGCGCUUCAGAAAACUCUCCCACACUGAUAUCCUGAGGCGCCUCAUGUACAUCAUUCAACAAGAGAAUGUUGCAUACACUGAUGACGGGCUCGAGGCACUGCUGUAUCUCGCUGACGGUGACCUUCGUUCCGCUGUGAAUGCGCUGCAGGCAACGUGUUCGGGAUACAGUCUGGUGAAUGCGGAUAAUGUGUUCAAGGUUUGCGACUUACCUCAUCCCCAGCUUGUUGAAGCCAUAUUGACUAGCUGUGUGAAACAAGACCUUGCCGCAGCGCAUAAGGAGAUGCAGCGGCUUUUGGGUCGUGGCUAUGCUACCUCCGAUGUUAUCUCGACGUUCUUCCGCGCCGCUCAGAAUGUUAAAUUAUUCCGCGACGAGAAGCAGCAACUACAAGUUCUGCGUAUUAUAGGAGAGGUGACGAUGAGGGUAGCUGAGGGUGUAGGCACACCGUUGCAACUCGCGUCGAUGGUGUGUAGAAUCAUUGUCGCAACGAAGUCGUAA